AUGGCCAACUCCGCGCUGGAGCUGCUGGGUUUUCUCGUGACCCUGAUCGGGCUGAUCGGCGUGGCGGCGAGCACCGGCAUGCCGAUGUGGCGAGUCACAGCCUUCAUUGGAGAGAACAUCAUCGUGUUCGAGACCCGCUACGAGGGUCUGUGGAUGAACUGCUUCAAACAGGCCGACAUCAGGAUGCAGUGUAAGGUCUACGACUCUCUCCUGGCCUUGCCCCCCGACCUCCAGGCGGCACGGGGUCUCAUGUGCUGCGCUCUGGCUCUCGGCGGUCUGGGCGUGCUGGUGAGCCUGUUGGGGCUGCAGUGCACGUCGUGCAUUCAAAACGACCGAGCAAAGCGGCUGGUGCUCAUCAUCGCCGGAGCCAUGGUCAUCAUGUCGUGCAUCUGCGUCCUCAUCCCCGUGUCCUGGACGGGGCACGUCAUCAUCCGGGACUUCUACAACCCCUUACUGCUCGACGCCCAGCGCCGGGAGCUGGGGGAGGCCCUCUACAUCGGCUGGGUGGCCGGGGCCUUUCUCUUUGUCGGUGGAUGCCUGUUCACUUGCUGCAAUUUACAGGCGGAGGACGAAGACCCGAGGAAGUACGUCUACUCCAGGAACUCCGACUACAUGGCGUACCCUCCGCAGCCCAUCCAGACCCUGCAGCCUCAACAGCUGGUGCUGCUUCCCCAAGCCCAGCCGGUCCUGUCCAGACAUCCAUCCACCAACUACAGCUACCAGUCCAGGUACCCGUCUGUACGCAGUGGAGUGGCUUAUCUUUGAACACUGACUGAGGCCAUGACUGGGAGUGGGGCCGAUCAGAGGACCACACUAAAGGUUGCGUGACAGCGUUGACAGAAACUAAACAAUACCAUCUUUGUCAAGUCUUGGGACCAAUCAGAUCCCAAGUGUCCAGUGAGGAUAAAGUAUGUAUAUCAGAAUCCCAAUCAUCUCAUUGGACUUCGUAGACCGUGUUCUUUCUUCAAUGCCAGAAACAAGAAAACGCUAACGUAACCGACAGUGGUCUUUGAUGUUGUGGCUAGUUUUUAUUCAAAAGUAUGAUUGUUUCUAGUUGUUUAAAGAUUUCACGGUUUUGAAGGAGCUGAUAUGCAGAAGUUGGACGGGAAGCCAAGAGAUGGCUGCUGUUUGUUGAAGGUGUGCUUCUCUUUGUUUGCGAAGAGGGUAGUCCCUGUGGCUGCUGACCGAGCGUGAUCACAUGACCAGAAGCUGUUUUGAAUAGAGAUACAAAGAGCUUUAAGUCCAACAUCUGUAGGCCGCACUCCCAUUGUCCGCUAUUUAUGAGAGGAAGCAACUUUUGCUAUGUAGAUUUGUUUUAUUGCCACUUAAUCUGGAGCAAAUAAUAAUUAGAAUGCUCCUAAAACAAUUCUCCUUGUAUUUUUAUAAUAGAAAUCAUCAACUCUAUUAAUGUG